AUGGAGGGAGCCAUCUCUCUAUGCCAAUUCCAUGAUAACAAAGAGAACAUCCCUCCAUUUUUAUCCAUUUCCAAAACCACCGAUAAUAAGCUCAGUGCGAGGAUGACAUUGAAGAAGAAGAAGAGGAAGAGCAACCACAGAGUACCUCUAAAAGAUAUUACUAAUCUCAUCGUCGAUUCUCUGAUCCAAUUGCCGGCGGCGACUUCACCUAUGUUUCCUUGUUUACAGUCGCGUUCAAUUUGUAAGGCGACAGCUGGUAAUCGCAAUUUGAUGGAGGAAGCUCGUUGCAGGUCGUUGAGGUUUGGUUUUAGAUGA